UCUUGAAAAUAAUAUUUGUCCGACAGCGACAUCUUGUGGUCCCUAUACCCAAAUAUCGCUCAAAUUAACAUCAGAGGUGAGUUUUUCAUAGGAAACGCACGUGGGGCAAUAGCGAGUGAGGAAACAACAUAGGCUAUGCCCGCUCGCAUGCACAUGCACAGCAUUCACAGCAUGAUGACAUCAGUUAUUGUCCCCUUAACACUUCUACGGCUAUCUUGAAAUUAAUGGUAGCCUAGUGCCUCAAUGUGUUGAAUAUCAGAAGUGAGAGACGCUCUUGCCUUGUUUCAGUGUGCCUUUCAUUGAACCGAGUUAUCUGAGUAGCCUAACGCCAGUUAUCUCAGUAAACGCGAGACAUCUGGGAAACUCGAAUCCUAGAAACCACAUCCUAAACUAGAUAGGCCAUCUAAAAUAUAUUUAUCUGUCUGAGGCACGGAAUUAGGUCUACGCCGAAGCAGCCGUGCGCUGCCAGAACAGCUGAUCAAAGUUACGUAGCGUCUCUAGUCUCUCAUCAGGAGGUUUUCUGUGCCUAAAUUCACUUUUUCAAUCCAUGCGGGCAAGUAAUCCUAUUAUUAGCAAACUAGUCCGGUCACAGUAGGUAUAGCCGACUGUUUACUGCGACUUAAAAAUAGCUCUGUGCUCGGGCCAGGCAUGUCACGCAUUUAGGGACGGUAGCGGUGCGCCCGGGAUGUCUGUUUUGAGAAAUCACCACUCUCGCUGUCUUCUGUCACCUGACCGUCACGAAGAGGGCGUGCCUGCUGCGUGGUCACAUGCGGAAGUUUAGCCAAUACUGCAAAUGAGAGAUUCAACUCGAGAAAGGCGUGGCUCAUUGUCAUCACCGACUCUCUCGCCGAGUCUGUCUCGCUGUCAACCAACCAAACAAAGCUCUAUGAUGUUGCUCUCCGGUAGACUUUGAACCGGGGUGGCGUUGCCUGCGCGGAAAUGCCACCGCCCCUGUGUGUUUGACAACGGACCUGUCAGCGGAGGCAGUAACAACAGGCUACGAUGGUUCCCGUUACAGCGGGAGAGGGCGGCAUAUUAGAAGCUGUGCAGCGGAGUAAUCUCGAACAGUGCGAGCAUUUCAUCCAGCUCGAUCGCUCUGUUCUCAAACAGAAAGGCUGGGGUGGCUUCACAGCGCUCCACUUUGCUGCUCUCCAUGGGAACCGUGCUGUGGGAGAUCUUCUGCUGGACAGCGGGGCUGACCCCAACCUGCCCUGCGACUCUGGACAGACACCUUUCCACUUCGCCUGCAGGCAUGGCAACGUACACACCAUGCACAAGAUGCUGCAGCACGGAGCUGACCUUCACAUCCGGGACCAGCAGGGCAAGAGCGCAAUGCACCAUGCAGCGGGCCAUGGGGAACCCUUAUCCAUGGAGGCCGGAAUGCUCCAGUUCUCUGACACUGACCAGUUCCUGCUGACGCCACUACACCUGGCCGCCACCAUCGGCAACGUGAACGUGGUGCGCUACCUGCUCCGGAACAACCGGUGUGCAGUGGAGGCAGUGGACCAGCAGGGGGCGACAGCGCUCCAUGCGGCAGCUGAGCGCGGGUGUUUGGAGGUGUGUUGGGUUCUCCUGCAGAACGGCAGCCUGAGCCUCUUACACACUAAAACACACGACGGACACACACCGCUCGACCUCUCCAACCGUGGCAACACCUACAGGCAUCAGCAGCUGAAACUCCUGUCCAAGUACGUCAACAAACCGGCCGACUACAAGCCCUCAAUCUCCUACGGUAUCUACUACUGGACACUUCUCUUGCCAUCCCUGAGUGGGGGCGUGGUUCUUAUUGUCGCCACGGCGAUGGGGGAGUAUGGGGGUGUGGUCUGUGGGCUUCUCUUUCCACUAUUGGCCAGGAGCACACUGACACAGUAUCACCGCAUCAGCAGUUACCAGAGGUUUCCUAACCCGGUGUAUCUGGGAACCCUCUCAGCUGGGAUUCUACACUCUCUCAUCUGCCUCUUCUACAAGAUCCUCCCCAGUGUGUGUCCGUCGGGGCUGGUCCUGCACGUGUGUGUGCUGCACUGCUCUGUGCUGCUGCUCCUGUAUGGGGCCUUGCUGUGGAAGGACCCGGGCCGCAUGAGCGUCUCCCAUGGCGACCCCAGAUACACCUCCAUCGCCGACCUGCUGCAGCAUCAGCAGAGCCCACAGCGCUUCUGCACCACCUGUGAGCUGUUUCAGGUGGACACUAGUAAGCACUGCCGUCUGUGUGAUGUGUGUGUCCUGAACUAUGACCACCACUGCCUCUUCCUCAACCGCUGCGUCGGCCGUGGCAACCACCGCCUCUUCCUGCUCUUCCUGAUUGCCAUGGCGAUGAGCCACAUCCUCUUUGUCACAGUGGGCGGGCUCUACUUGAAGCCACGCCUCUGGGCGGGACCUGUCACCACGGUUAUCGGGCGGGAAGCCUGGGUGGUGGUGCUGUGCGUCCUGAACGCGCUCACGUUGCUAUGGGAGAUGUGGUUGCUGAGCGAACAGUUCCAGAUGGUUGCCAUGGGAACGACCACGUAUUUCCGGCGUGUUCCGGCGGUCGCGCUGAGCCGGACGGAGAGAUGGAGGAACGUCCUGCUCUUUCUCCUCGAGGGCCGCAGCCCCAGACCUGGGAGGGCAAGCACACACACGGUUUAAGGAUUUCACGUGUGUGUGUGUUUUUGUGUCUGUGUCUGUGUCUGUGCAUGUGUGUGUUUUUGUGUCUGUGUCUGUGUCUGCGUGUGUGUGUUUUUGUGUCUGUGUCUGUGUCUGUGUCUGUCUGUCUCUGUGUGUGUGUGUGUGUCUGUGUGUGUGCGUGUGUGUAUGUGUAUGUGUGAGAGUGUGUAUGUUACUGUUAACAUUCAAUCAACUUAAUGUUAAUAUAGUUCCUAAACUCAGGCCUCCCUUAGAGAUUGACCACUUAUACCAAUAUACUACUGUUUUUGUGUAUAUCUGGGUGUGUGUGUGUGUGUGUGUGUGUGUGGGUGUGUGUGUGAGUGUGUGAGACAUUUCAGGUGUGUUUAUUGUGACUGAAUCUUUUAUUUAAGUGUUUAGUUCAACACAUGACUGCUCAAUGCUGUAUUAGUGUGUCUUAAAGGAACAGUUCACUUGUGAUCUCUGCUGUGGGAGUGUGUGUGUGAGAGAGAGUGUGUGUGUUUGUGUGUGUGUGUGUGUGUGUGUGUGUUUGUGAGACAUUUGGUACAGACACAGGUGUGUUUAUUGUGACUGAAUCUUUUAUUUAUCGUAACACCCCCAAUUAUCACCACUUUUCUUUAGAAAUUCUAAAACAACAAUGUUUUCUAACACUUCAAAAUAACAUUUGCUAAAUUAACCUUACAUUUUUCAGUAGCCAU